AUGUCAGAACAAAAGCACAUAGUGAUAGUCGGAGCAGGGGUUAUUGGGCUCUCUGCCGCCUUAGCCAUAUCGGAACACUUGACGAUACCUCAUAGAUUGACUAUAAUUGCUUCUCAUUUUCCAGAUGAUAAAGUAUAUGUUCCAGAGUACACUUCACCUUGGGCAGGAGCUCAUUUCCGUCCCCAACCAGCUACAAAUGAGGCCCAGAGAAGAGAAGCAAAGAUGACGAGGGUUACACAAGCUUAUUUCAAGAAAUUGGCAGAAUCAAAUCCCGAAUCUUCAGUGAAAUUUGUCGAAGGAAUCGAGUACUUUGAUGAACCAUCUGAAGAUUACCUCAAUUGUAGUGGAGGAUAUUCUCAGGAUAUAGAUAACUUCCAGAUUCUUCCAGACCACGACCUUCCUCCAGGGGUCUCUUUCGGAACAUCUUAUACUGCCUGGGUGGUCAAUGCACCUUUGUACAUUCAGUUCCUUCAAAGAAAAUUGAAGAUGCAAUACAAUGUGCAAUUUGUCAAAGCAAAGAUCAACAGCUUGAAAAACUUGUUCCAUCGUAUUGAGGACUGUUCUGUUUUGGUCAAUUGCACAGGAUCGGGACUUCAGUACCAUGGAGGCUACGAUCACCUGAGCUUUUCCAUUAGAGGUCAGACCUUACUUGUAAGGCCACCAAAAGACUAUAGUCUGGACAAGACCAUUACACACCAACUGAAGAAUGGUGAUUGGACCUUUUGCAUUCCUCGUCCAUUAUAUGGAGGCGUAAUAAUUGGUGGUACGAAGCAGGUCAAUGACAAUCGCAGCCAGCCUAGAGAAAGAGACAGUAUCGACAUCAUCAAAAGAGCGAGAGAACUUUUUCCAGAAUUAAUGAAAUCUAAAGGAAGAGGCGAAAAAUACUUUGACGUGGAAAGGGUAAAUGUUGGGUUCCGUCCUUGUCGCAAAGGUGGCUUCAAAGUGGAAAUCGAGAAUCACGGCGACAGUGUCAUAAUCCAUGCGUAUGGAGCAGGUGGUAUGGGAUAUGAACUUUCGUACGGUGCUGGUAUGAAAGUAUACGAAUUAAUGUCGCAGUUACUUACUAGAACUAGACUAUAG